AUUUGUAACAUUUAUUUCUUGGCAAUGAAUGUAUUUCAUAUUAGAUCUUCCCGAAAGCAGAUGACAUGAACAAAAUUAACCAGACAUUUGUAUCAGAAUUUCUUCUUCUGGGUCUUUCUGGAUAUCCAAAGAUUGAGAUCAUUUACUUUGUUAUAAUUUUAGUAAUGUAUCUAGUGAUUCUAAUUGGCAACAGUCUUCUGAUCAUAGCAAGCAUCUUUGAUUCCCAUCUUCACACCCCCAUGUAUUUCUUCCUGGGCAACCUCUCUUUCCUGGAUAUCUGCUAUACAUCAUCCUCUGUUCCCUCAACUCUGGUGAGCUUAGUCUCAAAGAAAAGAAACAUUUCCUUCUCUGGAUGUGCAGUACAGAUGUUCUUUGGGUUUGCAAUGGGAUCAACAGAGUGUUUGCUCCUUGGAAUGAUGGCCUUUGACCGCUAUGUGGCCAUCUGUAACCCUCUGAGAUACUCCAUCAUCAUGAGCAAGAUGGUGUAUGUGCUGAUGGCUUCUGUGUCAUGGCUCUCCGGUGGAAUCAACUCAAUUGUGCAAACAUCCCUUGCCAUGGCAUUGCCUUUUUGUGGAAAUAAUAUUAUCAAUCAUUUCACAUGUGAAAUAUUAGCUGUCCUCAAGUUGGCUUGUGCUGACAUAUCCCUCAAUAUUAUCACCAUGGUGAUAUCAAAUAUGGCAUUCCUAGUUCUUCCACUGGUGGUCAUUGUUUUCUCCUAUAUGUUCAUCCUCUACACCAUCUUGAGAAUGAACUCAGCCACAGGGAGACGCAAGGCCUUUUCCACCUGCUCAGCACAUCUGACUGUGGUGAUCAUAUUUUAUGGUACCAUCUUCUUUAUGUAUGCCAAACCCAAGUCUCAAGAAGUGUCUGGGGAAAACAAAUUGCAAACUUCAGACAAGCUCAUUUCCCUAUUUUAUGGGGUAGUGACCCCCAUGCUAAAUCCUAUAAUCUACAGCUUGAGGAAUAAGGAUGUAAAAGCUGCUGUAAAAUAUCUGCUAAACCGAAAACCUAUUCUGUAA